AUGGACUUUCAAUCCCCGUCAAGCUCAACCACAGCGGGUGACAAGGGUGAGAACUCAGCGUCAAAUAAACAAGCCGCUUGUUUGAACUGCCGAAGAAGUAAGACGAGAUGUCUCCGAGAUGCUGGAGUGCUUCAGUGUAAAAAAUGCGCUCAGAGCGGGAGUGAGUGUAUCGUACCCGAAUACCGAGUUGGAAGGAAGAAAGGAAUCAAGAAUAAACGCGAUGGUUUAGAAAAAGCAGUCUAUCGCAUCGAACAAGCCAUCAAAAAGCACAAGACAAAUGGCAGUCAUUCAAUUAAUGACCAGAUGAACCAACUUCAGGGUCUACUCAGCAGCGCUCAGCAGUUAUUACCUGAAACCCAAUCAGAAGAACAAGAUGAAUAUCAACGAGAUGACAGUUCUUCUAGCCCUCAACAAAAUUUGACGGCUAAUGAAGGUGGGAAUGAUGGGUUCGCUGUUCAAGAUGCGGAGAAUCCAUUGCAACUUCUGGCGAGAGCAUCAGAUCUAUCGGGUUCAGCUAAUGCAAUUUCUUUACCAAUUACAAGACCGCUGAAUAAAGGAGAUAAAGCCUUGAGAAGUUUCUUUGGUCCUUUUCGUCCGAGUCUUGAUAAUGAGCCUGACAUUGAUCCUAUCGAGAUGGGUCUUGUUACUGUUGAGGAGACCAGUGCGCUGUUUUCAUACUUCCAUGACAAUCUAUCCCAUACAAGAUGGGGACUAGAUCCUAUCCUUCACACACCUCAAUUCGUCCGCCAACAAUCAGCCUUUCUCUUCACCUCUAUCCUAGCAGCUUCAUCAUUAUUCAUCCCCACCGCAGGUGCCAUAUCCAAGCGGUUAAACACCCACGUCAAAUGUCUGGCGCGCAAGAUAUUCGCCUCGGGUAACCGAUCACCAGAGAUUGUGCUCGCGUUCAUGAUCAAUAUCCCUUGGAUGGCUCCUGGAAAGCACUGGUCAGAUGAUGAGACAUGUUCGUAUAUGAGCAUGGCUUUGACUAUUGCGUUGGAUAGUUCGCUUGAUAAGCUGAUUGUUCCGAGCCCUAGCGAGCUUCAGGGAAGUGCUCGGAAGGGUAGGUCACAGAGUGAGUGUAUUACUGCCAGGAAGGCUUUGGAUAUGGAUGGAUUUCCGGAUGUUGACCCACUCUCUGAUUUCGGGAGGAGGUUACUUCGACGACGGGAAAGGAUUUGGUUGGCAUUGUUUGUGCUUGACAGAGGAGUCUGUCUCGCUCGGGGAAGAAGUUUUAUCGUUCCAGUCACCCCUCUCAUCGAAACAUGCGACGAAUGGCACCGCUGCUCAAUAGCCGACAUCUGGGACAACUCCAUCGUCUCCUCCACCGUUCUCCGUCGAGACCUCGUCACCCUCAUAUCCGAAGUAAAAAAAGCCUGCACCCACAAACCCAACAAACACCUCGACGCCGCCGCACUCGUAGAAAACCUCCGCCAAAAAAUAAACCACUUCUUCACAACCUGGUACACCCACUGGUCACCCCCUCACACGCCCACCCCCCCAUACGUCUCCAUCCUCGUCCUUCACGGCCGCCUCACCCUCCACACCUCCCUAAUAAACCACUCCCCGCUGCCCCUUCUAAAAACCUUCUUCCACACCGCCACCCUCACCUCCUCCCUCUCGGUUCUCCGCGCCGCCGUGCGCGGCGAAUCCGCACUCACCUCGCUCCCGAACAACACGUGCAUCAUGAUCACCUUCGCGGCGUGCAUCGCGCUCACGCUCUCCGGCGCCGAUCUCGCGCCCAGCACGCGCUUCCUGAUCGAAGAAUCCGCUGGGGUGUUGGAGCGCAUCGGCACGGUGACAAGUCAUCGCAAUGGCACGAGUUAUCUGUAUGGACGCCAUUUACGGGGUGUCGUUGCGGCGACGACAUUGAAGAGGCCGAGCACGCCGACGUGUAAUCGCAUGACGGAUCCGCCGUUGUAUUUUCAGCCUGGGUUGGCGGCCGGGGUGGGCGGGGUGGGCAGGGAGGGUGGUUGUAAUAGUGCUGGUGUUGGAGGUGCGCAGAGGGCGCCCGAGGUCUUGCGGUUUUCGGAUAUGAGUGAGGAUCAGAUCCAGGAGGUUGUUUUGGGGGCGGGGGAGGAGGAGGGGGGUGCGGGGGAUGUUUGGGGUGCGGAUGGCGGGAGUGGGAUUGCGGUUUCGGGGCUGAAUUGGUUGGAUUGGUUUAAUGUUGAUGUUGGGGGUGGGUUGUCGUGA